AUGAAAUACACCCAAGGGGGAAUCGCGGAACGAAACGAGACGGCACGAAAGGGCGUUGAUUAUGCAUUAUGGUUCUGUCAGGUUGUCGACUUAUUCACCGAACAGGCGCUGUUCAUACACUUUGACAUAGACGAAUUUUCGCAGUCGAUAUUCGGUCGUCAAGGUCAGAUUUUAACCGGUCAUAAACGGGGCACGGUGUGGCAUAGCAAGCCAACGUCGCUGUCAGUCACAUCGGCUGAGCAACGACAGAACACGCGGCCAAGCGAUGCGAUCGCCUGA